CACUUACCAAUACAACAAAAGACGAACAGCCACAAACAGCUAAAUCUCAACAGAGAAACAAAGUCAAUACGAAUUUUGUCACCCAUUCUCUCUCUCUCUCUCCUCUGCCGCAUACAUCGCACUUCUCUCUCUAAAACCUUAGAAUUUACGCAGAAAUGGCGGCGCUGCUAGCAAGAAGAAUAGCAGGCAGCAAAACGACGCCGUUUGGAGCUCGUUGUGCUUCUUCAUGGUGGGGCCAUGUUGAUCCGGCACCUAAAGACCCUAUCCUCGGUGUCUCCGAAGCUUUCUUGGCCGAUCCUUCUCCAAACAAAGUUAAUGUCGGAGUUGGUGCAUAUCGUGAUGAUGAUGAACCUGUUGUAUUGGAUUGUGUCGAGAAGCUGAAGCCAGAAUUGCUGAAUACUCCAUUUAUGGAAUAUCUUCCUAUGGGUGGCAGUAACCACAUGGUUGAGGAAACAUUGAAGCUUGCUUAUGGUGAAAAUUCCGAAUUAAUCAAAGAUAACAGGAUUGCAGCAGUACAGGCGCUCUCUGGUACUGGUGCAUGUCGACUUUUUGCCGACUUUCAAAAGCGUUAUCAGCCUGAAUCUGAAAUCUAUAUUCCUGUUCCAACCUGGGCCAACCAUCAUAACAUCUGGAGGGAUGCACAUGUCUCACAAAAAACAUAUCGUUAUUAUCACCCAGAAUCAAGAGGAUUGGAUUUCUCUGCAAUGAUGGAUGACAUUAAGAAUGCUCCAAAAGGAUCGUUCUUCCUGCUCCAUGCAUGUGCUCACAAUCCUACAGGGGUUGAUCCUACAGAGGAACACUGGAAAGAGAUUUCACAACUGUUGAAGGACAAAGAGCAUUACCCCUUCUUUGACAUGGCCUAUCAAGGUUUUGCUAGUGGUGACCCAGAAAGAGAUGCAAGGGCCAUCAGGAUUUUUCUCCAAGAUGGUCAUUUACUUGGAAUUUCCCAGUCCUUUGCAAAAAAUAUGGGACUUUAUGGUCAGAGAGUAGGCUGUCUUAGUGUGCUUUGUGAAGAUGAAAAACAAGCUGUGGCUGUUAAAACUCGAUUACAGCAGAUUGCAAGACCUAUGUACAGCAACCCUCCGGUUCAUGGUGCACUUCUUGUUUCAAUUAUCCUUAGUGACCCAGAUCUAAAGAGCCUAUGGCUCAAGGAAGUUAAGGUCAUGGCAGAUCGCAUUAUUGGAAUGAGAACAACUCUACGUGAGAAUAUUGAAAAGUUGGGAUCAUCUUUAUCAUGGGAACACAUCACGAAACAGAUUGGUAUGUUCUGCUAUAGUGGGUUGACACCGGAGCAGGUUGAUCGUCUGAGAAGUGAAUUCCAUAUAUAUAUGACCAGAAAUGGCCGUAUCAGUAUGGCUGGUGUUACCACAAAGAAUGUUGAAUACUUGGCAAACGCCAUUGUUGAGGUCACUAAAUCUUCUUAAAAAGGGAAUGUUGGAGCAAUCCGUGCUGCGGUGUGCAAACUGCAGAGUAUGCAUGUAGAGAACCUUUCUUCUCAUACCAAUAAAUAUAAUAGUGAACAUCUAAAAUUGUGCUACCCCAUAUUACGAGAAUCGGCAUAGGGGACUUCGAAUUUUACUCCGAGCCCAUUAGAGGGCAUUAAUUGAAUGGGCAACGGUUUGCUUUCUCAAUGCUAGCAGACAUUCUUACUAUAUUUGUCAAUUACUUCCCCGUUAUGUGAAGUUCUAUUCACUUUUCAUUUUA